AUGUCGAGCAACAGAGAACAAACUGAUAACCGUUUAGUGAGUGUAAGAGAAGUUGAAAGAUCUUCAAAUUCAGAGGAAAUACCCAUUGCUUCUCAACCUCGUCCUCCACGAAAUCUUCAGGAUCUUUUACGUUAUUCAACAGAAGCUGCAAACCUUCCGGGACAUGAAUCUAAUGAAAAUUGUUUACAAACUUUAAGUGAGGAGGAUAGAAAAUUUUUAGAAAAUGCACUGAAAUCCAUGACACUUGACAUAGUUGAAGAAUUAUUAAAACACAUAAAAAUUUUACAAAGUGCAAAUUUAAUCGAAGGAAGUGUGGACUCUACAAAAUUUGAAGAUGCAUUAGACAGUAUAUUAGAUUAUGUUGAUAACAUAGAUGUUGCUAAUGAUUUUCACAAAAUUGGAGGUUUUUGCAUAUUUAAGCCAUGUUUACAAUCUAUUCAUUCUAGUAUAAGAUGGAGGGGAGCAGAAUUGAUUGCCCAAUUAUGUCAAAACAAUCCUUAUUGUCAAAAUAAAGUUUUAGAAAGUAAAUUAGUACCAACACUUUUACAAAUGAUUGAUUCCGACAUUGAUGAUCUAGUUCGAGUCAAAGCUUUGUAUGCCAUAUCAUGUUUGGCCAGAGGUAGUGAGGAAGGUUUAAAAGAAUUUAUUAUCACAGAUGGUUUUUCCGUUUUGUUAAGAGCAUUGCAAACAGAUGUACAAAAAUUAAAUAUUAAGUCUGCUUUUUUGUUAACAUCAAUAUGUCAGUGGAAACCUCAUGUUAAAGAUGAUCUAGUAAAUAUGGGUUACGUCGAACAAUUAAUCAGUCAAAUAGCGGUAUUUUUACAAAAAUACGAAGAAGGUCAUCCACCUUCUUUAGAACAUUUAUUGAAUGCACUUUUAGCCAUUGUUGAAGAUAAUUCUAUGGCACAAGAAAUUUCUAGAACGCCAGAACUUCGUUUUAAAUCCCUUUUAGAUUUCAUUAUAAAAAAUUCAGAAAAUAAAGAAGAAUUUAAUGAAGAAAAUGAAUACGCGAGUAAAUUAAGUUCCAUAAUUUUUGGAGAAUGUGAAAACACCGAUGAAGAUCGAUAA